CUCUAGCGCGAUUCCCACUUUCAGGUUGGCCAGUGUGACAAUAUCUUGUUGCGCUAUUAGCAAAUUCAGGAGUGAAACUUUUGCGCUGGCUUCAAUUUUAGUUAUUUAGGGCUUUGUUUUGUUAUUGUUGUUUUUGGACUUGAGAAAAACAGUUUCCACCAUGCACAAGCUAUACAUUGGGAAUCUAGGCGACAGCGUGACUGCCGAGGACUUGGGAAAAACCUUUGACGACCACAAGAUCCCCUACUCCGGACAGUUUCUAAUGAAAACCGGCUAUGCGUUUGUGGAUUGUCCGGACGAUCAGUGGGCUAUGAAGGCUAUCGAGACGUUUUCUGGUAAAGUGGAACUUCAUGGGAAAUGUAUUGAGGUGGAGCACUCCGUUCCCAAGAAGCAAAGGACCAGGAAACUGCAGAUAAGAAAUAUUCCACCUCACCUGCAGUGGGAGGUGCUGGAUGGUCUGUUGGCCCAGUGUGGAACCGUAGAGAACUGUGAACAAGUGAACACGGACAGUGAAACAGCAGUGGUUAAUGUCACAUAUGCAUCCCGGGAACAUGCCAGGCAAGCCAUCCAGAAGCUGAAUGGAUACCAGUUUGAGAACAAUGCCCUGCGUGUCUCCUACAUCCCUGAUGAGACCUGCGAGUUAGAGGGAGGUCAGCGGGGUCCUGAUAAUGGCCGGCGUGGUUUUGGGCCCAGGAGUGGGCCUCGAAGUGGGUCCCCAAGCUCUGGAAUACCCUCCAAACCUGUGCACCCUGACAUCCCUCUGAGACUGCUGGUACCCACACAGUACGUUGGAGCCAUCAUCGGCAAGGAAGGAGCCACUAUUCGCAACAUCACCAAGCAGACGCAGAGCAAGAUUGACGUACACCGCAAGGAGAAUGCAGGUGCUGCUGAGAAGCCAAUCAGCAUCCACUCAACCCCUGAAGGCUGCUCAGCCGCCUGCCGCAUGAUCCUAGACAUAAUGCACCAGGAGGCAAAAGACACCAAGACUGCUGAUGAAGUUCCUCUAAAGAUUCUGGCUCACAACAACUUUGUUGGACGCCUGAUCGGGAAGGAAGGACGCAACCUGAAAAAAGUCGAACAGGACACAGACACCAAGAUCACCAUCUCCCCUCUUCAGGACUUGACACUGUACAAUCCUGAGAGAACUAUCACAGUCAAAGGCUCAAUCGAAGCCUGCUGUCGGGCCGAGGUGGAGGUCACCAAGAAGCUCAGAGAGGCCUACGAGAACGAUAUUGCUGCUAUGAAUCAACAGACCCAUCUGAUCCCUGGGCUCAACCUGGGGGCUCUGGGCCUCUUCCCCUCCUCCUCCAACAUGCCCCCACCCCCACCUGGAAACGCGUCCACUGGUGCCCCCUAUGGUUGCUUCGGGGUGAGAAUGCCUCAAGAGACAGUCCAUGUGUAUAUCCCAGCACAGGCAGUGGGAGCCAUCAUUGGAAAGAAAGGACAGCACAUCAAACAGCUGAGCCGCUUCGCUGGAGCCUCCAUUAAGAUUGCCCCAGCUGAAACUCCAGACUCAAAAAUGAGGAUGGUGAUUGUAACAGGACCCCCUGAAGCUCAGUUUAAGGCUCAGGGAAGAAUCUAUGGCAAACUGAAGGAGGAGAAUUUCUUUGGGCCAAAAGAGGAAGUCAAACUGGAAACUCACAUUAAGAUGGCCGCUGCUGCUGCAGGAAGAGUCAUUGGCAAAGGAGGCAAGACGGUGAAUGAGCUGCAGAACCUGACAGCGGCAGAGGUGGUGGUCCCCCGGGAACAGACCCCUGAUGAAAAUGACCAGGUCAUCGUUAAGAUCAAUGGACACUUUUAUGCCAGCCAGCUGGCUCAGAGGAAGAUCCGGGACAUACUGACCCAGGUCAGACAGCCUCAGAAAGGUGGUAUAUGCAUGGGCCCCGGCCCGAAUCCCCAGGGCUUCACAGAGAUGGGCAGCCCUACGCAGAGUCUGACUCAGGACCACCAGCCACGCAGGAAGUGAGGGUCCCACACCCUCCUCACAUGCCGUGGGGCCUCUACCUGACAGACAGACAGACAGACACAUGCAUGGACAGAUAGACAGACGGACAGACGGAUACAGGAGAGCUACACACGGACCCAGCGAUAAACAGGGAGAGAUGUAAAGAGGGAGGGAGUAUGCCCAAUAGCCAGAUCAUUCUUUAAGGAGAAAGAGAGAAGAUGAAUAAAUCAAAAGAUGAAAUGAAUACAAAAAGAAGAUAAAGAUAAAACAAAACUUGAGAAUAGAAACCAGAUGCCAGGCCAGAAGAAAGACUGACUGAGGAUGGAGGGAUGAAGGAAAGGAGGGAUGGAAAGAGGGAGGGGCGGUGUCCUCCUAGUGUGCCUUGGUAGGGCUGCAGCCAGCUCCUCAUCUGCUGCAGCUUCAACACAUCCUGCAUCAGACAGGUUCAAACAACACAAAGACAUUACUCUCCUUGUAAGGUUGAAGCCUUACCGCUGUUGUUUACACAUGUCCACAUGGGUUCACAUGUGCUGCAGAGACAAGUCUUUGUUCCGUGAGACACACUAGCAGGGGCCCGUUUGUUCCUCUGUCGCCCCCUACAGACCUCUCUCACCAUCAGCACUCAGUCCUAUA